AUGUCUGAAAAAGUCCCAAGUAAUCAACCACAGCCUAUUGUUAAAAUAGGCCAUUAUACUCUAGGCCAAACCUUAGGCGUAGGCACAUUUGGCAAAGUAAAAAUUGGGGAACAUGUUCUGACAAAACAUAAAGUUGCUGUGAAGAUCUUGAAUCGUCAAAAGAUUAAAAGCCUAGAUGUUGUGGGCAAAAUUCGCAGAGAAAUACAAAAUCUCAAGCUCUUCAGACAUCCUCAUAUCAUUAAGUUGUAUCAGGUCAUAAGUACUCCUACAGAUAUAUUCAUGAUAAUGGAAUAUGUCUCGGGAGGGGAACUGUUUGAUUAUAUCGUUAAACAUGGCAAGCUCAAAGAAUACGAAGCGCGACGAUUUUUCCAACAGAUUAUAUCAGGUGUCGAUUAUUGUCAUCGACAUAUGAUAGUACAUCGUGACCUAAAGCCAGAAAAUCUAUUGUUAGAUCAUAAUCUCCAUGUGAAAAUUGCAGACUUUGGUCUGUCGAACAUGAUGAUGGAUGGCGAGUUCUUACGUACGUCAUGCGGUUCACCCAAUUAUGCUGCGCCAGAAGUGAUAUCCGGUAAAUUAUACGCCGGUCCCGAAGUCGAUAUUUGGUCUUGUGGUGUUAUAUUGUACGCGCUACUUUGUGGUACCUUGCCAUUCGACGAUGAGCACGUUCCUACUCUCUUCCGCAAAAUUAAAUCUGGUGUCUUUCCUAUUCCGGAGUAUUUAAACAAGAGCGUUGUAAGCCUUUUGUGCCACAUGUUACAAGUAGACCCGAUGAAGAGAGCUACUAUCGAAGAUAUUAAAAAACAUGAAUGGUUCCAAAAAGAUUUACCGUCAUAUUUGUUUCCAUCACCUGUCGAGCAAGAUUCAUCUGUUAUCGACAUAGAUGCUGUGAAUGAAGUAUGUGAGAAAUUUAAUGUGAAAGAACCAGAAGUGCAUUCCGCGCUGUUGGGUGGUGAUCCACAUGAUCAAUUGGCGAUUGCUUAUCAUUUAAUUAUAGACAAUAAGAGAAUUGCAGAUGAAGCUGCUAAGGCAGAAUUAAAAGACUUUUAUGUGGCAUCUAGCCCUCCACCAGUAGCGUUUAGUCCAAACGAAACAAACAGCAGUCCUUUGAGACCACAUCCAGAAAGAAUUGCACCAUACCGUGAACGUCAAGGUUCGCAAGGUAGUGCAUCCGCACAAACACAAGGCAAUCGUGGUACACCCGUGAAAAGAGCGAAAUGGCAUUUAGGAAUCAGAUCGCAAUCCAAACCAAACGACAUUAUGAAUGAAGUUUAUCGUGCUAUGAAAGCGCUUAACUUUGAAUGGAAGAUUGUAAAUACGUACAGCGUUAGAGUAAGACAUAAAAACAAUUUGACCGAUAGAUACAGCAAGAUGUCCUUACAAUUAUAUCAAGUCGAUCAUAAGAGCUAUUUAUUAGAUUUUAAGUCUUUAUCUAAUGAAGAAGAGGAUAUUGGACGAGAUCCAACAUUACCGCCUCCGCAAGCAACAGGUCAUCACACAAUGGAAUUUUUUGAGAUGUGUGCAGCAUUAAUUACGCAAUUAGCACGAUAGCGUACCGUAAUUUUUGGAAAAAUUAUGUUGAAUUGUUAUAUAUUGCUAUAUGCUUUUAAAAUUGUAUAGUUUGAAAUAAAUGGAAACUAUAUAAAAUGCAUUAAGUUUUGCCUUUUACAAAAUAAUUUCAAUAAAGAUUAUAUUUUCCAAAUUCGAUUAAUUUCUCAAUUAAAUCUUGAAGAUGUAAUUGCAAAAAAAUACGUCCUUAACUGUAGAAUUAAUAUAAACAGCGAUAUCUAUAUAAUUAUUUAUUAUUUAAUGCUAUAAUUGAACGUUACAUUAUUACAAUCUAUUAUAAAUUACAACACAAAUAUAUAUUUAUCUAAAUGAUUAUUAAUCUUAUUGUAUAUCAUUUAUUUAUGAAGUCGGUUUCCUGUCGGAAAAAACCAAAAACAUGCAUACGCUUAGAAAAAUAUACAUUAUUAUAUCCUUGUUGUAUUUAAAUUUAUCUCGUGUAUAUGUCGUACGUACAAAUGAAUUUGAUGGAUCAUGCAUGUCGAAAUAUGAUUCAAAUAAUUUAUAAUCAUGAUGUUAUUUUAUUAUUAAUUAAAUUUACGAUUCUUCAGAUAAUAGAAAUUCUUCAAAUUAAUAUAUAUAACAAUCGAGAAUAACUAUUAUGGAAAUGUAUAUGUAAAUCACUUAAUAUUUAAACAUUUGUAUAUUGAUAUCACCAUGUAAUGUCUUAUGCUGAAAUUCAUUUUUAAGCACCACAUCAUUGGAAUAAUUAAAGACAAAAUAUACAUAAUGGCACAUUCCAGACCUUGUCUUACACAACACACAGCUUGAUUUUUAAAUGUCUUGAUUUUUGCUGCCAAAAAACUGCCUAUUAUUUGUUAUCCAACUAGCCUUAUUUCAUAUAUGAAAACUGAUGUAAAAAAAAUACAUUCGAUUAUUUUAUAUUUUAUCAUAUGUAUGUUUAAACGGAAGAGAAUCUUGUCUAAACGUAAUAUUUAUUGAUAUGGAAUACUUUCGGUUUCAUUAUCUUAAUACUGCGCACAAUUUUAGGAAGAUUAUGAUGGAGAACUUAUGCAACUUAUGACUAUAAUAAUGAUGAUGACAAUGAUGGUGAUGAUGAUGGAAAUGUCAAAUGCAUGUAGUAAA